AUGAAGUACACCGGCUUCGCCGCCAUGGGCUUGAUGGGUUGCGCCCUCGCCCUGCCCCAGGGUCCUCCCGCUCCUUUCCCCGGUCCCCCCAGUGACGCUCCCACACCCACUGGCCCUCCCCCAUCCGGCUUCCCGAGCCCCUCGGGCCCUCUCCCCAGCGGCUUCCCUACUCCAUCGGGCCCCUCCCCCCAGCGGAGCCCCAACCCCCCGCCUUCCAGAAGCGCGACGGCUUCCCUGACAUCCUAG